UCAUACAAGAAGGCAAUUUCGAAUGUUUUUGCGGUGAUAGAAGUUUCAAGCUAAAAGCCAAGAAUAUUUAUUCAAAAUGCGGGGACAACAGCAGCAAAAAAAUCCAAACCAAAACAUUCAAGUGUCUGUAAGAUGCCGACCUCUGAAUAGCAUUGAGAGGAAACAGGGGUCGUGUGCAGUAGUCUCGGCUAAUGGCGACAAGAAGGAAGUGUCGGUCAAGGAGAGACUUGGGGUCACCACACAGACCAAAACCUUCACCUUCGACCAUGUGUUUCCACCGAACUCCUGCCAGAUCGACAUCUAUCAAACCGUGGUGACGCCAAUUGUUAACGAAGUCCUCCUUGGAUACAACUGUACCAUCUUUGCUUAUGGACAAACUGGUACGGGAAAGACAUUCACCAUGGAGGGAGAAAGUUCUGAUGAUACAAGUUUGACCUGGGAGGAUGACCCUCUUGCCGGGAUUAUUCCUCGAACCAUGAAACACAUUUUUGAAACAUUGCAGAGUCAGGACAUUGAAUUUUCCGUCCGUGUAUCGUUCCUAGAACUUUAUAACGAAGAGUUAUUUGACCUGCUGGGUUCUACAGAGGACACAUUGCGACUAAGAAUAUAUGAAGAUAAUACAAAGAAGGGAUCUGUAAUUAUUUCUGGACUGGAAGAGGUGGUAGUAAGGAGUAAAGAAGAGGUGUACAAGAUUCUGGAUCGUGGUUCUGCUCGGAGACAAACGGCAGCAACACUCAUGAAUGCAACUUCGAGUCGAUCUCAUUCUGUUUUCUCUGUCACUGUUCAUAUCAAAGAAAAUACGAUUGAUGGUGAAGAGCUGUUAAAAACUGGAAAGUUGUAUUUAGUUGAUUUGGCCGGUAGUGAAAACAUAGGUAGAUCCGGAGCAGUUGACAAGCGAGCACGAGAAGCAGGGAACAUUAACCAGAGUUUGCUGACACUGGGCCGCGUCAUUACGGCGCUAGUGGAGCAUGCUCCCCACAUUCCGUACCGAGAGAGCAAGUUGACACGGCUGCUACAAGACUCGCUGGGAGGCCGCACCAAGACGUGCAUCAUAGCGACAAUUUCCCCUGCUUCCUGUAACUUGGAGGAAACUUUAAGUACACUUGAUUAUGCUCACCGAGCAAAGAAUAUAACCAACCGACCGGAAAUAAACCAGAAACUGACCAAGAAAGCUCUGAUCAAGGAAUACAAUGAAGAAAUUGAACGUCUUCGAAAAGAUCUGCAAGCUGCCAGAGAGAAAAAUGGAAUAUUUCUUGCUGAAGAAAAUUAUUUGUCCAUACAAAAUAAAAUAACUCAGCAAGAAGACAUUAUACAGAAUCUGGAAGAAAGAAUACAAGUUAUGACAGAAGAACAAGAAAAACUGACAGAAGUGUUUACCGAAACUCACAAAGCGCUGGAGGAGACCACGGAACAGCUGACAGCGACGAGAAAUGACUUGGAAGAAACGAGUGAAACGCUGCUGGCCACGUGCCACACUCUGAAGAUAAAGGAGCAGGACCUCGAUGAACACAAGUUCCUGGUCUCAGAACAUGUCAAGACUGAAGACGUCUUGUUCUCAGAUGCUAAUCAUCUGUUAAACACAGUUGAGUUCACUGUGAAUGAUGUGGAGGGACUGCACGCCAAGUUGGACAGGAUCAACCAUGUGACGACUCACAAUGAAAAAUGUCAGCUUUCCUUCAAAGAGAGGUUUGACUUGAGAAUCUCGGAGAUGAGUGACAAGCUGGGAACACUCGUUGAGCAGGAGAACUUGUUCAAAGCAAACACAUUAGACAUUCUAGGUUCCUUUCUUGAGCACAGGACAACUGAAGUUGACACUUUAAAUGAACAAACAUCAAAUUUAUUGAUGUUGGUUGGGAAACACAUUUCGACAAUUGACGGACAUCAAGAAAAGAUCAAAACAGAGAGGGUUUCUUGGAUUGAGAAUACCAAAAGUUUAAUUGAUAACAAAAUGAGUGAAGAGACUGCACGGAUCUCUAGUUUAUCUCUGGAGACAGUUAUGCCUGCCUUAACAUCGAUACAGUCCUCUCUUCAAGAUAUUGCAAGUUGUCUGCAGUCAGCCUAUAAAUAUGUUGAGCAGCAGAAAGAAGAUCAACGCCAGCUGAUAGAGCAGCAGGCUGGUCACUUGCGUCAGAUGCUGACCGGUUUGUCAGAGAUGGUCGACUCUCACAUGACAUCACUACAGAACAAAACAUCCACCUGCUCUGAAAUCGUCAACACGGCACAGAAAACACAGGAUGCCAUUAGCCAGAAUAUUGAGACAAAGCUCGAAGAACUCAUUAAGCUUGUAUCGACCCAAAAAGCAAAGAUAUCUGAAUCAUCUCAACAGAUCUGUUCCAGUAUUGAUAGUCUCGGGACUGAAGGUGCUGAAUUUCACAGUGAUGCUCAAAGUCGAGUGGAUGUGAUGUUGUCUCUUGUUGAUGACAACAAAAAUAAAGUCUCUGACAAGAACUGUGAAGUUGCUAAAAAGACAGUUGAACAGUUAACGGAGGUAACUGUCAGUAUUGAGCAACAGGGUGUUGAAUUAUCUCAGCUCGAGACCAACACGAAAUCUGCACUGGAAUGCACGCGGGUGUCGCUGGAGGCUCACAGAGCUGACCUGACCGAGAGAUGUGAACAACAAAAACAAGUAGAUGUCGACUCUCUGAACACCUAUCAGACCAUGUCACAGGAGUUGUCUUCCACCGUACGUACCUGUACUAGUGUCACUCUUGAGAGACUCCAAGAAGGAUUGACGCAGAGUCAAACUGACAUUAAAGCUCUUCAAAAACCACUAGACAUCCAGUCGGAAAAUGUGUCUACCUACAAGAAACAUUGUUCCGAAGACCUUGAAAACAGAAAAAAUGAGCUGGGUGUAUUUUUGUCGGAGGAAAUGAAGAAAGAUAUGCCUACAGGUUUGACCCCUCAGCGCAAAGAGUUCUCCUACCCCCGGACUCUGGCCAAGACAGGGAGACACAGUUUGUUACUCACACAGUUCCGAGCAGAACAACAGGAAGCUGUGAAUUGCGACGUGGCUGAAUCAGCAGAACAACCGUCUGAGAGACUUUCACCAUCAGCAGAGGAAAAUGAUGAACUGGACAACAGUGAUGCAGCAAGUGUAAAGUCAUCAACAUCUGGAGUGUCUACUGCUAGUAAUGUCAGCAAGAAAAGUGCUGUGUCCAACAAGGAAAACUGCAAAAGGAAUCUCCCUACCUUGAGGAAAGGUGUGACGACUCGACAACCUAAAGGUCCCAAAGCACAGCACCCAAAAACAUGCUUGCCACUGAGGGAAGAAAACACAGCUUCCUGAAAUGUGCACCUAAUUUGAUCCAGAUUAAAUUGCAUUUGUAUUUACUGUGUAAAUAAUGUAUAUUAUUAGGACUCUGCUUGGGGACAUUAAGAGGGCUACAAUGUUUGUCUCCAUCUGUUUUCCUCAAUGUGUAAACCUAGAUGGUAAAGAUUUUGGUACUUGUAAAUAUUUUUAUAUGUAUCUUUUUUAAACACUUGUUUUUAGCUCUUCACACAAAAAUAAAAUAUUUCAUUGUAAAUGAUUUCCCUUAAAGGUGUAAGUCAUACUUUCCCAUAAAUUAGUGGGUAUAUUAAGAGGUAGGUAUCAGCUGUGUCGUAUAACUAUUAUUAAGUGGCCAUUAACUACAUUGUAACUGGUCUGUUGAUGGAACAGUUUCAUUACUACACAGUAAAUAUAUCACACCAGUACCCGAACCAGUACUCUCAAUUCAGGUCGGGACUUAGCCCAGUGGUAAAGCGUUGAUAUUGGCCCAUUGGACUAUUCCCUGUUCCACCCAAUGCAUCACGACUGGUAUAUCAAAGGCAGUGGUAUGUGAUAUCCUGUCUAGGGGAUGGUACAUAUAAAUCAAAUCCCUUGUUGCUAAUAGAAAAAUGUAGUGGUUUGACAUUCAGUAGCCAAUGAUUGAUUAAUCAAUGUGCUCUAGUGAUGUCAUUACACAAACCUUUUAACUUUUCCUCCCAACCCAUCUUCACAAACAUGUAUUCCUGUACUUAAAACAGACGCAUUACCUCAUCCUCACAGUGCAUUUAUGUUUAUUCCAACAAUUCCAACACCAUCCCCACAUUAAUUAGGCCUCGGCUGUAUCACUUGUAAAACUUUGGGUCCAACCGUCUUUGUAAAUGCAUCCAUGGACACUAGAUAGUGUAUAUAACUGACAUGCUUACUAUAUUUCUGUUCACUCUGUGUUUCUCUUCACUCGUGCCUCUAGUAUGUGUGUGACAGGCGUCGUGGUAGGCCAUCGGUCUACAGGCUGGUAGGUACUGGGUUCGGAUUCCAGUCGAGGCAUGGGAUUUUUAAUCCAGAUACCGACUCCAAACCCUGAGUGAGUGCUCCGCAAGGCUCAA